UUACAAUCAAAGCAACAAAUUUGCACUCGCAAAAAAAAUCAAAAUGUUCAAAUACUUCGCAUUCUUCGCCCUCCUCGCUGUUGCCGCCGCCAAACCUGGUCUGUUCGCCGAGACACAUACCGUUGUGCAACCAGCUGUAGUUGCUAAAACUGCCUACGUCGACACGAGCGCCUCCUCGGCCAUCACCCACCAGAGUCACGUGAACCUGGUCAGGAAGGUGCCAGCUGUACCAGUAGUCCAUGCUGCUCCGGUCGUCCAUGCUGCUCCAGUCGUCCACGCUGCUCCAGUAGUCCACGCUGCUCCAGUCGUCCAUGCUGCACCCGUUUUGAAGACUGUCGUCACUCCAGUGGUUCAUGCCGCCCCGGUGGUGCAUGCCGCCCCUGUUUUGCCAGUCGUGCACUCAGCAUCUCUUAUUAAGACUGUUGUCUCAUCUCCUGUUGCUUACAGCAUCCACCACUAAUUAUCUGAUUAACAUGAUUGUACUU